GGGCGUGCGUGAAACAAUACAACUUAAAUUAUAUGAGGACUAGAUUCGGAUUGUGAAUUGUGAGGUAUUUAUGUUUUUUAAUUCAGUGCUGAUUUGUGUUCUGCGUGGCCAUGGUUUGGUGGAAUUAAAAAGUUAUGGUGUUCGAUUUUUAAAUUGGGAAUUGUCAAUUUUUUUUUCGUAAAUUUAUAUCUGUCAAUUUGAUAUAGGCAGUUAUAAACAAUGGAUUUUUUCGACCGUGACAUGUCCAAUGAGCCGACUAUACCAGAGUUUUACAAAGGGAAAACAAUUUUCAUCACGGGUGGUUCAGGUUUCAUGGGCAAAGUUCUGAUAGAGAAGCUGUUAUAUUCCUGUCCAGAUAUUGACAGGAUAUAUCUCCUCCUCAGGAGUAAGAGAGGAGUAGGAGCUGAGAGCAGACUGGCGCAGAUAUACUCCUCGGCAUGUUUCGACAGAUUAAGGGCACAGAAACCGACAAUUUUCUCUGAGAAGGUGUUCUACGUCGGCGGAGAUGUGAUGGAACCAGCUUUGGGCAUUUCAGGAGAAGACAGAGCCCUGCUAGUCAAUCGAGUCAAUAUUAUAUUCCACGUUGCUGCUAGCGUAAGAUUCGACGAUCCUUUACCAUUUGCCGUGAAGCUGAACCUCGGUGGUACCAAACAGGUCGUCGAGUUCGCUAAAGAAGUCAAGGAUCUUUUGGUCAUGGUCCACGUGUCAACAUCAUAUUCGAACACCAAUCGAGACACCAUAGAGGAAGUAAUGUACCCUCCUCACGCUGACUGGAGGGACACCAUCCAGAUCUGCGAGACUUUAGACGAGCAUACUAUCAAGGUGCUCACGCCUAAAUACCUGGGCGAGCUGCCGAACACGUACACGUUCACGAAGCAGCUGGCGGAGCACGCGGUGCGCGAGCUGCGCGCGCGCGUGCCGCUCGUCAUGGUGCGGCCCUCCAUCGUGGUGUCCAGCGUCAAGGAGCCAAUGCCAGGUUGGAUUGAGAACUUUAACGGACCCGCUGGGAUACUGGUCGCGUGUGGGAAAGGUAUAAUGCGCAGUCUGUACACGGAACCAGAUCUGAUAGCUGACUAUAUGCCGGUGGACAUCUCGAUCAAGAGUUUCAUAGUGGCAGCUUGGAUGAGAGGAACUCUGAAGUUACAGCCCACGGAUGACAUCCCGAUCUACAACUGUUGCGCCGGGGACCUCAACAACAUCACCAUGGGGGAACUCAUGGACAUUGGCAAGAAGAUGGCCGCUAUCAUGCCUCUCAACGAUAUGCUGUGGAACGUCGGAGGCACGAUCACCACUUCCAAGACUAUACAUUAUAUUAAGGUUCUGUUAUUGCAUUGUCUACCGGCUUUAUUCGUGGACGCUUUACUAUGGCUAAUGGGAAGGAAGCCGAUGUUGUUGAAAGUCCAACGGCGCAUAUACAUAGCGAACCUAGCGCUACAGUACUACAUCACCAAGCAAUGGAACUUCAACAACAAAAAUUUCGUGAAACUCCGCUCCAGAAUAAAGGCCGAAGACCACGAUGAUUUUUACUAUGAAAUGGAGACGGUGGACCGAAAUGAGUAUUUUAAACAAUGCUGCAUUGGCGGAAGAAAGUUUCUCUUGAAGGAGAAAGAUGAAGACUUGCCGAGAGCUAAAGCACAUUUUACUAGAAUGCUGAUUCUAGAUAAAAUGGUGCAGUGUAUUUUCUACGGAACCCUGUUCUGGUGGCUCGUCAACUCGAGCUACGUCCAGAGUCUGAUGAGCUUCUUCGUCAAUUGAUAUGUGUGCAUUUCGGUGCAAGUAUGAACUUAGAAAAACAAAAUUAAGGAAUGUUUUUUUCUACGUUUAUUUUGAUUAAAGUUUCAUUUUGUUUA